AGUUAUUUAUAUUAUAGGGAGGAUUAAAUGGUGCAUAAACUUGUCUGUAGUGAAGAUGGAAAGAAAGAAAUAAGAAAGUGAGAUUUUCAGGGAAGGACUUGUGAACUCCCAAUUCUCAGGCAAGGACUCUCCGGCCAGUUAUAAAUACCAAUCUCUCAACAGCCAUGCCACCCCACCCCUUUCAACUCUUUUCUUCCCUAUAUUCUCUUUCACUUUCCUUCAACUCUCUCACUCAACAUGACUAUCCUCAUUCAGCAACCUGAUCACUUUGGGGGCGAUGUAGAGGCAAAGACUGCACCAAUAAAUGAGAGAGAACUGGUGUUGGAUGGUGGAUUUGUGAUACCACAGACCAAUUCAUUUGGGCACAUGUUUAGGGAUUACGGUGCUGAAAGUGAAAGGCAAGAAGGAGUGGAGAAAUUCUACAGAAAAAAUCACAUUUACCAAUCAGUUGAUUUUGUGAAGAAAAUGAGGGAGGAGUAUGGAAAAUUGAAUAAGGUAGAGAUGAGCAUAUGGGAAUGUUGUGAACGCCUUAAUGAAGUGGUGGAUGAGAGUGAUCCUGACUUGGAUGAACCUCAAAUUGAGCACUUGCUCCAAACAGCUGAAGCUAUAAGGAGGGACUACCCAAAUGAAGAUUGGCUCCAGUUAACUGGCCUUAUCCAUGAUCUUGGGAAGGUGCUUUUGCUUCCUAGUUUUGGAGAACUUCCUCAAUGGGCAGUUGUAGGGGACAUAUUCCCAGUUGGUUGCAGAUUUGAUGAAUCCAUUGUUCAUCACAAGUAUUUUAAGGAAAAUCCAGACUACAACAAUCCACAUUACAACACUAAAUAUGGAAUUUACUCAGAGAAAUGUGGACUUAACAACGUGAUGAUGUCAUGGGGACACGAUGACUAUAUGUAUCUAGUGGCAAAGGAGAACAAAACUACACUGCCCUCAGCUGCUUUAUUCAUUAUUAGAUACCACUCAUUCUAUGCAUUACAUAGGGAAGGAGCCUAUAAGCACUUGAUGAAUGAUGAGGAUGUUGAAAAUCUGAAAUGGCUACAUAUAUUCAAUAAGUAUGACCUUUAUAGCAAGAGCAAAGUUCGAAUUGAUGUUGAAAAGGUUAAACCAUACUAUCUCUACCUCAUUGAAAAGUACUUCCCUGCAAAGCUGAAGUGGUGAAAGUGUUGGAGCCUUGAAAUGCCAAUAAUUUAGAAUGUAGGCACCUAGUUGGAGUAGAGGGAAUAAGAUAUAAAGCUUCAGUUGCAUUAAUUUAUAUGCUUUGAUGGUAAAAUAUUCUUGUAUGAAAUAAUAUUAGAAGUGAAAGCCCUAUGUGAAUUUUUCCCCCCCUUCUUUGUGGAAUUAAUCUCUUGAACUAAGGAUAAGGUGAUAAACGAAUAUUUAAGCAAAACCUAUUCAAAGUAUCAAAUUCAAGAUUUAAACUCC